CUUUCCUGCAGAGACUAUUUUGGCGUUUGCAGUCGCGUUUCUGUGUCGUCAUUUCCUGUCAGAGGAAGAAGACGUCAUCCUACAGACAGGCGAAAGCACUGUCAUGUCGUGGAUUCGAGAGCAGGAACUGUCCUUUAUAGAAAGGCUCACUGGCAACAUCCUAAAGGCAGGACCGAUGCCCAAACAUGUGGCCUUUAUCAUGGACGGUAACAGGCGUUUCGCCCAAAAAGCGCAUGUGCAGAGGCAGGAGGGUCACUCGCAGGGUUUUGAGAAACUGGCAGAGACGCUCCGCUGGUGCCUGAACCUGGGCAUUCAUGAGGUGACUGUGUAUGCAUUCAGCAUUGAGAACUUCAAGCGCUCCAAAGAGGAGGUGGAUGGUCUGAUGGAGCUGGCCAGACAGAAGUUCAUCCGCCUGCUGACAGAGCAGGAGAAUCUGGAGAAGCAUGGUGUGUGUAUCCGUGUGCUGGGAGAUCUGACUCUUCUGCCUGCGGAUCUGCAGCAGCUUAUUGCCAAAGCUGUGCUGGCAACUAAAGCACACAACAAGUGUUUUCUGAACGUGUGCUUUGCAUAUACCUCAAGACAUGAAAUCGCAAAUGCAGUGAAGGAAAUGGCAUGGGGAGUAGAGCAGGGUCUGAUCAAACCCAGUGAUGUGUCUGAGGUACUCCUCAGCGAGUGUCUGUACAGCAGUAAUUCUCCAAACCCCGAUCUGCUCAUCCGUACGUCUGGAGAAGUGCGCCUUAGUGAUUUCCUACUGUGGCAGACCUCAUAUUCCUGUCUAGUGUUCCAGUCGGUCCUGUGGCCGGAAUAUUCAUUCUGGAAUCUGUGUGAAGCUGUUUUGCAGUACCAGCUGAGUUAUCGAUCUCUCCAGAAAGCUCGAGAUCUGCACAGAGAAGGCCAAGCGCUCCAGCAGAUGGAAGCGGAUCGCUCCUGUGUGGCUGAGCUCCUGCAGAAUUGUGGGAAUGGAAAGCCCGUGGAUGCUCAGAGUCGACAGAGAGAACUGUUGAACUACACCGCCAGCCGAGAGGACAGGGUUCGCUGCUUCCUCAACGCCCUCCAGCACAAGAGAGACACUGUCUUCAGUGAUUUAAGCAGCCAGGCUGUCCUGGCUUAGCUUUCAACUUUUUUUAUUUACUGAUCUGUAAAUACUCCAGAUCUUGAAGGAUCUUUCACCCCGUUUUAUGGGGCAGUGGAUAUGUAUGUUUAAAAUCGAAAUAGAAAUGAUCUUAAAUCUUCAAAUAAAUUCAGUUUGAUUGACCACA